UCUACAAUGAUAAGACAAUAAAUGGCAGAGAUAGGAGAAAAUGUGGCAAGAGGAAGAGAAGGAGGAGAUGARGGAGUGGGAGGUUUAAGGCCACCUCAUGACCCCCAGAGCCCUGCCCACUUUCCUUCUUCUGCUCCCCCAGUUAGGGCCCACCAUGUCGGGCUCAGGAGGGGCAUCGUGAUCCAGCUAACAGGCACUGAGGGUGAGUGGGACAGUCUSGAUGACGACGAGCUCAUCUUCCCCCUUGAACACAACGACUAUGAUGACCAGACUCCCUACAUCUCCCUCUCCAAGGAGAGACAGAACUCCAUGGAAGAGGAGAACCAACACUACCUGCACUCCCCAGCCUUCCACGUACCCCUCUCCCCCUCCUCACCUGGGUCCCUGGGGGACUGCUCCAACUCAGCCCCCAGCUUCCUCUCCCCCAGCCCAGCCACCCCCACCCACCGGCCACUGGCUAGCCUGGUCAAGUCCCUGUCCACGGAGCUGGAGCUCCCUCAUGGCUCAUCCCUCAGACCCAGGCCCUUCCUUAGCCUAGUCAAGUCCAUCUCUACUGAGAUCUCCCGCUCAGAGCCAGAGGUGUCGCAGUCCAAGUCUGACUCCCGCCUCAACCUGCACCUGCAGUGGAAGAACCUGACUCAGCCUAAGGGAAGGAGUGACGGAGACUCCCGUACCGCGCCACCCUCGCCCAUCGCUCUAUCCCCAUCCGAGGGCACCAAGGCGGGCUUCUUCAAGAUGGAGCUGGAGGACACGAAGCGGAAGUUCUCUGAGGCCAUGCAGGAGCCUAUGUUCAGUAAACCUAUCAGUAUUUUCAGUAAGAUCAUGGGGGAUGAGAAGGAGAAUGCAGCAGCAGGCAGCCCCAAGCACCAGAGAGCUACAGGGACUCACUCAGCUGGCUCCCCCAGCUCCAGAGGUGUCUAUGUGGGGAGGAUGGACAGUCCGGAGGUGGGCAUCACAGAGUCUCCGCUGCGGUGCGCCAAGAGAGCGGACGGUGACUCUCCGCCAGUGUUUGACUGGCCGUGCAUCAAACACCCAAAGAAGGGUCUGCCCACUAGAACAUGUUCUGUCCACGAUCACCACGGUAACAAACUCAACGACAAUUCAGAGGAACUGGAGAUCUGCACCUACGAUGAAGUCAUGCAGGUUGUGGCCAUCGAGAGUCAUCAUCACAGGCGCCCGCGGAGAUUGCCUGGUUCGCUGAUCUCCUCAGGACCCCAUCGUGUGGUUGUUCAACCCACUUCUCCACCUCCUCCACCACACAUGGUGUUGUUCUGUGUGGCUGUGUUGUCCUACGCCUACUUCAUCCUUCCCCUGGGCCCCUAUAUGUCAGGCCUGGCUCUGGGCAUGGCCUUUGGCUUCCUGCUGGGGCUGCUGCUCAUCAGGCUGGGCUCAACCAGACACACAGCUCAGCCACAUCCACACAGAGACGUUCAGGCCCUGACUGAGGUUGUCAAGCAGGCUGAUGCCCUCGGCAACGAAUCAGACGUCCUCAAGGGCUGGCUGAACGAGAUGUUUGAGUACGACCCAGAGACCUACCACCUGUCCCUGACCCACUCUGUGUUCGCCACCCUGGAGGGGCACUGCCUUCGCCUGGACUACCCCAGGAACAACAUCAGCCGCAGAGCCACCUACGAUGAAAAGCCUCCCGAGGCUGUGGUUGUCAGCUCACGCUGCUUCCAGCUACGACACAGCAAGGUGUUCCUGCUGCCCUCUGAGCUAGCCCGUAAGAGGCUGUGGAACCUGAAGUACCCUAUCUGCAUUGAGCUGGCAGAGGGAGAGGGGGUCAUGGAGGAGGAGAGGGGUACAGUGGAGACCCCAAGAGAGGAGCAGGGGGGAGACCCCCAACUCCAAACACGACCCACCUCCAACCCCAAACCAGCAGCCAACCUCCCUACAACCCUAUACCUCUUCGGACGGACAGGAAGAGAGAAGGAGGAGUGGUUUUAUCACUUCCUGUCCGCGUCCAUGGUAAUGGAGCAGGAGAAGGAGAAUGAGAGGCCUGGCAGAUGUGUGUCCAGAUCAGAUGUGCCGGUAGUGCGAGGGGUGAGCCCCUCAAGACGGUCCCAGGACAGCAGAGGUUCCAGCAGGAUUGGGAGCACUGAAGAGGACCUCCCCGUUCCCCCUUCUGCCCCCUCGAUCCAACCAUCCAGGGUGGGCUCUCCGCUGCUGGACUACCCCACCUACAUGGCUCGUUUCCUGCCCUCAGAGCAGCCCAGCCCCCUGCCCAGUCCACCCCUCAACAGCACAGAGACAAGCCCCACCAACAAAGUGAGGUGCACCUGUGAUUUCCCAGAGUUCCCGGGGGAGGGACACACUGACUGGGUCAAUGCACUGAUUGGUCGAAUAUUCUGGGACUUCCUGCGCGAGAAAUAUUGGGUGGACAUUGUCUCCAGAAAGAUCCAGAAAAAGUUGAGCAAAAUCAGACUGCCUUACUUCAUGAAUGAGCUGACUCUGACUGAACUGGACAUGGGCUCCUGUCUGCCCCAAAUCACCAGUGCGUCCAGACCUGUGGUCAACAGCAGAGGCGAGUGUCAACUAGAAAGCUCACUCUUCCUUUUUACUCUCCCUGAUGUUUCUGCAAUGAUGACUAAGGCCUGGUGUUUUCCAGACCAUGUGACCUGCUUGUGGCUGGAGCUGGAGGUGGUAUACACUGGGGCCCUGCAGAUGACCCUGGAGACCAAGAUCAACCUGUCCAAACUGGGCAAGGAGGGCAAGGAGGGCAAGGAGGGCAAGGAGGGAAGCCUGGACACUGACAGCCUCACUGAUACUGGCAGCCUAGGGUCCAGACCCAUCCUCAGUGUUCUGGCUGACAGUGAUGAAGAGUCCUCCAGCGCCGGCUCUUCAGAUGAGGAGGAAGUACUGCUCUCAGAGCACCAAAGCAUUGUGGGAGAAAAGGGGACWCUACCUGGUGCUGAAGGGGUUUCUGCUGGUGGCGGGAAGACAGGCAGGCGGAUUUUGAGAUUUGUCAACAAAAUUGCAAAGUCUAAGUACUUCCAGAAGGCGACAGAGAAUGAGUACAUCAAAAAGAAGAUUGAGGAGAUGUCCAACAUGCCCCUGCUGCUGGCAGUGGAGGUUCAGGAGCUUUCUGGAACACUGGCUGUCAAACAUCCUCCUUCCCCCUACGUGAUAGAAUAUGACAUUAUGGUUGCGACCACACUGCCCAACAUUCCCUCCUCCCCUGACUGGCAGCAGCAUCUAUGGUACAGUUUCUGUGUACCUCCCAAGAUGGACCUGCGUGUCAGACCCAAGUUGGGGGAGAGGGAGGUCACCUUCUGUCACGUGACCGAGUGGAUCGAGAAGAAGCUGCAGGAUGAGUUUGAGAAAGUAUUUGUGCUGCCCAACAUGGACGAUAUCUACCUGCCUCUGAUGCAUUCUGGGAUGGACAGUCCUCCAGCUGGGCUGCUGGAGGAGUGUCCAGCCCAGUCGUCACACUCACAACACUCCUCCAUGGAGUCCAUCGAGAGGAUCUCCCAGGACAAUACUGCUGCAGACUUGGACUAGUGCCUCUCUGUGGCCCAAUGACACUAAGACACCCCUGAAAUUCUCAAAGCACAUCAAGUACACUGAACAAAAAUAUAAACGCAACAUGGAAAGUGUUGGUCCCAUGUUUCAUGAGCUGAAUAAAGGAG